AAUCGGAUGAAGGAGACGGCCCGGGGCGUGUGCGUGCUCGGGCGGGUCGUUAUUGAGUUGGAGAUGGCUACCUACCCUUAUGGCUCGAACUAUCCUGGGUCAUCAGGGCCUGCACCAGGAGCUCCACCGGGCAGCUACUUCUCAAGUCAACACCAGGCUGGAGGUCAAUAUGGCCCCCAUUCUGGCCAGUAUGGGGGUCCACCGCCAGGUAGUCCUUAUGGAGGGCCACAACCGAGCGCACCAUAUGGAACAUCAGCAGGUGGGCAAUAUGGAAACCAAGCACCAGGUGCACCAUAUGGAGCUCCACCACCAGGAGGGCACUUUGGAGCCCCUGCACAAGGAGGCCAGUAUGGACCUUCAGCUCCCGGAGCCCCAUAUGGAAGUGCAUGUUCAGCAGGAUAUUAUGGAGGGCCAGCACCAGGUUGUCCAUAUGGAGGACACCCAUAUGGAAUUCCACAGCAAAGGCAAUAUGGAUCAGGUGCUUCUUUGGCUGGUGAUGUUCCAGCAGGCGUAGAUCCUGAAGCCUUCUCUUGGUUCCAGUCGGUGGAUGCAGAUCGAAGUGGUUAUGUCUCCCUGAAGGAACUCAAGCAGGCCCUUGUCAACAGCAACUGGUCGACAUUUAAUGAUGACACCUGCUACAUGUUGCUUAACAUGUUUGAUAAAAACAAAAUGGGAAAAAUUGAUCUGUAUGGGUUUUCCGCACUUUGGGGAUUUCUUAAGCAGUGGCGCAACAUGUUCCAGCAGUUUGAUCGGGAUCGAUCAGGGACCAUAAACUGUCAGGAGCUACAACAAGCUCUCACUCAGAUGGGUUACAACUUAAGCCCACAGUUUGUCCAGUUCCUGACAACUCGAUAUGCACAAAAAUCAGCUCAAUCCUCCAUUCAGCUGGACAGUUUCAUCCAGAUUUGCACGCAAUUGCAGAGCACAACUGAGGCUUUUAAAGAGAGAGACACCAACCGUUCCGGAAAUGUCCGCAUCAGUUAUGAAGACUUCCUAACUCUUGCAAUAUCACGCAUGCUAUGAUUUGUUGUGAUAACAGAAAACAAAAUAAGUUAGAAGAUCUAGAUUGAGUCUCCAUUCGCACAUUGUGGUCAACUAAAUGGAAUAAAAUUAGAACUCUAAUUUAAUACGAUUAAUACAAAUGGAGGGAGCAAUUUGAAAUGGAUGACAGCGUUAUCACAUCUCUUGUAUCACGAGUUAUCGACCAAUGCUGUAGUUUCACUGCACAGUUUAGUAACAUAAUGCAUUUUCAUGUAAUAGGAACUUUCAUUGCUUGAAGUUGCUUAUAGAAUGUGCAUACUUUCCAGUCUGGUUUAUGGAAAUCUUGACUGUUAGAAUUGAAACCUGCUCCUGCUAAACAAAGAGGCUUCAGUGUAAGAGUGGCCCAAUAUGGCAUAUUCUGAAUGUAUAACCUGUGAUUUUAAAAAGGGUGUCAUUCCAUCAAAACUUGUUUAUAGAAUUUUGUAUAGAGCAGCCUGACAGAUAUGUAAUAGAUUAUACUUAAUCCUCUUGAUUUUUAGCCAUUCAUGUCUCUGAAGAAAUAAAAGAUCAGUGGCAUGCAGUUCAUGCAUUAUUACAUGGGAAUAAAAAUGGGAAUUGUGAGCUGUAAUGAAACAAUUUUUGUAGACUUUGUGGGCCUUUUGAAAAGUUGCAUUAGAUUCUGUUUCUCCUAUUCAAGGAGAACCUAGUACAUGAACAGUUAGUUUUGAUUAAAAGCUAGUGCUAAAUUUGAACUUGUUCAAACUGCUAAACUGGAUGAGUUGAUAAAAUAUUUUUUGAACUGCAGUGGCCAUUUCUCCUGCAGCAGCAUAUAAAGAAACAUCAACCCAUACUUGGGAAUGGGACUAUAAAUUCUGUAGUUCCCAGUUAAAAAUAAGGAAAUGUGCUAUGAAUUUAAUUCACAUGGGAAAAUAUUAGUAAGUAAAAUAUCCAACAAUGUCAGCAAUUUAAUCUGGAGCUUGUCAGCAUCUACAACAUUGUCAUUAUCCCAGUGGAAUUGUUAUUGGUCGCAUACCUUUUUUUAGCUGUACACUAACAAUAUCCUUCUAUCAUUUGUACACAAUAUUUUAAAUCUGUGCUUUGUAACAGUGCAUUUAAGUCUGUGCUUUUCUGUAGUAUUUACAUACAUGAUUAUUUUUGGGCAUGAUGAUGAUUUACAAGGUUUGCAUUUAUUAGUCAUUCCUAAUUGCACUGAAUAAUGUAAUGGUGAAAGUGCUGUAGGUUGAAGUAGGUACUCCCACGUUGCUGUUGGGGAGCUUUAGGCAUUUGAUGUUUUGACAGCAAUUCAAUAUAAUUCCAAGUUUCAAUUUGUGUGAUUGGGUUUGUGCAAUCAGCUAAAUUUUUGAGACUGACAUAUGAGGUACAGCUGGAAAGAAAUGAAAACUUCCACAAAUUGCUUAAAAUUCUACUUUAUUGGUAAACUUAAUGAACAUGUGGUUUCAUUUGUUUCUAAAUUUACAACAUUUUAAGAUAAAAUCAUGUUAAAAAUGUGUAGAAUCAUCCAAGAUGGAAAGGUGGGUUAAUAUUGCGGAUUUCUUUGCUUUUUGCUUUCUGUUUCGGGGAACUACUGAAUACUUUAUUGCUCCUAUUUCAUGUUGCUUUUAGAUUUCAUAGUCCAAAAAUUCUUUCCUAUUCAAAAUCAUUAACCUUAGUUACAAUUAGAGGCUAAAUAACAUUCCUUCACCUUAAACCCCUAGGUCUCUGUUUUGCAUCUCUACCUGGGGCUUCACCAUUAAUUAUAUGAGUCCUUUGUUUGUUUUACCAAAAUGUAAUAUCCUGCAUUUACUCAAAUUGAACUCCAUCUGCCACUCAAUCCAUUGACUAAUUGAUCAAGAUCUCUUUUGUAUUCUUAGAUAGCCGCCUUUGCUGCCCAGAACACCACCAAUUUUGGUGUCAUCCACAAACCUACUAACCAUACCUCUUAUAUUUCUCUAUAAUGACAAACAAAUGUGGAGCAUUUCUGGUCACUCGCCUCCAGUCUCGCAAAAACAACAUUUUACUACCACCAUUUUCUGACUAUAAAAUCAAUUUUGUACCCAAUUGGCAAGCUCACCCUGAAUCCAACAUGAUCUCACUUUAAUAAUUAGUCAUCAUGUGGAACCUUAUUAAGGGUUUUACUAAAGUCCAAGUAAGCAACAUCUACCCCUCUACCCCCAAUCUUUCUGGUUACUUAGUCAAAAAAAUCCAGUUUGUGAGACACCAUUUGCCUUUAUCAUACUGACCAUCCCUAAUGAUUUCUCACCUCACCAACUUUCAGAAUCACCUCCAACAGCUUACCGAUCACUGAUAUAGACCUGUGAGUCUGAAGUUCCCAGGCUUCUUACAGCCUGCCUUAAAUAAAGGCACAACAUUAGCCACCCUCCAGUCCUCUGGCACUUUACCUGUGGUUAUAGAUACAAAAUUUUCUUCUCGAGGUUCUGAAAUUUCGUUAACUUCCCACAAUGUCCUGGGAUACACUCAAUCAGGUCCUGCAGAUUUAUCUACCUUUAUAUUUUCAAAGACCUCUAGCAUUUCCUCUUAGGUAAUGUGAACUGUUUUCAAAACAUCAAUUUUUACUUCCCUAAGUUCUCUAGUCCCCCGUUUCUUUCUCCACAGUAAAAACUGACACAAGGCGUAAACAUAAUUCCUCUCCCGUCUCCUGAAUUUCAACAAACAAGUGGCCUUUGUUGAUCUUAGAGGGGCCCUACUCUCUGUUGUUGCUGUUUUGUUCUUAAUGUACUUGUAGAAUCUGGAUUAACUUUAACCUUAUCUGCCAGUGCUGCUUCGUAUUGCCUCUUUGCCCUUCGGAUUUCCCUCUUAGGAAUACUCCUACUCAAGAGAUUUAUUUAUCCCAGUUGUCUUUAUCUUGUAUAUGAUUUUUUUUAAAAAUCGUGUUUAGGAUAUCUCUCUUUAUUCAUCAUUGUUUUCUAAUCUUACCAGCCUUACCUUUCACUCAAACAGGAACAUAAUGCCUCUGAACUCUCAUUAUGACACUUUUGAAAACUUCCCACUUGUCAGUUGUCCCUUUACCUGUGAGUAGCCUACUCCAAUCAACUUUUGAAAGUUCUUAUAAGAUCAUUAAAAUUUGCCUUACUUCAAUUAAGAA